AUGUACGUUGCCGGUUGUGGCUCAAGCUGCGGGUACGAGGAGAACCUGCAGAUAUAUCUGAAGAGCACGCAGGGGCCCAUCGAAGUCUACCUGUGCCCAGAAGAGGUGCAGGAGCCCAACAGUCCUGCCAAGGAGCCCCUCCCCUCCACCUCCACCCUCAGUCCCAGCCCUGACCCCACCCAGCCCAGCAGCAGCAUCAACCCUGGAAUCACGGAACCCACGGCAUCCUCAGCACCAGCGCUGACGUCCCAGCAGGUCCUGCCACCACUCCCGCCAUGCCUUGUCCCCCUGGAGGCCACCGACAGCAUGCUGGAGCUGCCACACCCACUCCUGCAGCAGACCGAGGACCAGUUCCUGUCCCCGACACUGCCGUGCAGCUCCCCUCUGAUCAGCUUCUCCCCGCCCUUGGACCAGGAUGACUACCUGUGGGGCCUGGACGGCGGGGAGGGCAUCAGUGACCUCUUCGACACCUAUGACCUCGGGGACCUGCUGAUUAACUGAAUGGCCCCUGCCUGCCCCCCGGCAACCCCUCCAGUCUCUACCUCCUCACAGGCAGACUGACAGGCCCUCUGCCUGCACAGGAUGCGACACGAGGUGCUGCCCUCAGGGUAUGGGGGUCCCCCGUUUUCCUUUCCUACCUACCACCUGCCGGCCAAUGCUGUCGGAGGAAUGUGGAGGAUACGAGGAAAGAGCCUGUCAGGGGUUGGGUCCUGUCCUUCUUCAUGGAAACUGGGCCCGGGAAGACCCAGCCAGUCUUCUGACCUCUGAUCUCUCAUGUGAAGGGCCACAGGGGAGGUGACCAGGUCCAAGGAGAGUUCCUGUAACUGCCUUUAGAGGGGCAAUUAGGACCCUCAGUUUAUCAAGAAGCACUUAAUGCCUUUGUAUUUAUUUUAGGUUGAGUUUUGUUUGUUUGCCUUCCCUGAGUUUUAGCAGGGAGGUUGUUCUAGUUCCUAGGAAGACAUCUCCUCAGACAGGUCCAAGGGCAGGCCGGGGCUUUCAGGGGCCCAGGCCAACUCCCUGACUCCCCCCAGCAGUGGGGGACUGGGCCUCAGGGGCCAUCCAGUCUGCUGGAAUGACAGUUGCACUUCAGCCUCCUAAUUUUCUCGAGCGGGGGCUGCAGGAUUCCUGGUCUCCUCUGUCCCAGAGCUGGUUCCAGGUGUAAUCAUGCAUUAAGGUAAAAAACUCUGCUUUCAGGAUAUAGAAAAAAUAGGAGUUGGUUUACACUGAAUUGGAUGAAUGUUUAAAGCUUUUGCCUUGAUCUUAGGGAUAUGGAUGCUCAGAUACUCCAUCUGUUCCAGGAUUCGAUUAGAUAUAUUUCAACUUUGUUAAUAGCUUUGUGUGUCUCGCACAUUCAAAGUAUUAACUGUGCAACUGUGCCAUUUAAAAAAGAAAACAAAACAUUGUUUCUACUACCAUCCUCAAAUAUUAAGUUCUGUAAAUUUAUUAUGUGUUAUACAAAGUACUACCAUACCCAAGAUUCCCCAGAAGAGCUCCCGGGGAAACGGGCACGAACGUAGAAGCAGCUGUCCACUGCUGUGGGCACCUUUCCUCCAUUGUUGCCUCUUGCUGGGACAGGGGCUGUUUUACACUGAAGACCUGGGUGGUAUAGACAGGCCCACUAUGGACAAGGGUGAGCAUAAAAUAAGAAACUGCCAGAAAGCACCUGUGCUGGUAGCUGCUGGUAUCGUCCUCCCCUUCCCUGGAAGGAUUUUUUUUUGCCGCAUCUGUUGAAGGGGGUGAUUCUUUAAGGACCUCCCCUUCCCGCCAGCUCUCACAGAGACCCCCAGGGACAGAAGUGACCACGGCUUGAUGGCAUGUUGGCUCCUUUUGUCACAGGAUGCUGAAAGGGUGACAGGGAAGGGUCUUCAUUACAGACCACACGUUGGCAGCUAAUGGGGAGACAGGCUCAUGUUACCUCUUCAGACUUGGGGUCCUAAGAAGGUCUUUUGGCCUCACCCCAUCCCCCAGAGGCUUGACCAUCCCACAUUGUCCCCGUAGCCCAGCUGGGUAUGGGGCAGUCAGCUCCUCCCCUGCCCAACUUGGGGUGGGGUGGGGCUCUGGGCUGAACCAAGGCUGUGCCUUCCUGAGAGGCAGCCAGGGGUGGUGGUCUGAGAGACCCACCGCCCACCCUCAGGGAGCUAGGUUUCCUCAGGGGCUCAGCCGGGCAGCACUUUUAUUUUUUUAAGUUUGUAGCAUUAAGUUGGUUUCAAAUAUGAAGUUGGCACCAUGGGAUUGCUCCUGAGCUGACCUACUGGCUUCUGAAGCUUGGAAGGUGGGCUUCUUUGGGGGUGGGGUCCAAUGUGAGCUAAUGCCUAGCCGGGGACAGUCAGGCCUUGUCAUUUGCUCAAUUUCCUGGGUCCCCAAGUUAGUGCCCUCUCAGGAAUGGUCACAGAUACCCUGCUCUAUAAACAGGGCUAGUUUUUUAUGCUUUACAGAGGUGACUUUGGUCUCUACUCUCUAAAUACUCACAGGGGUCUCAUCAGAAGGCAGUUUUGAAGCCCAGCAUGCCUAGGGCCAAGGGACCACCUUGGCCCUUGGGUUGGGGGAAGGGGUGCUGCCUGGGAUCUGGUUUGGGGUGGGUGGGGCUGGAGAUGGUAUGGCUGUUGUGAGGUCUCUGCUGGGCUGCCAUCUAGCCACGUGCCAUAUCUGAGGACAGAGCCGUCUGACUUCCAUGCCUUGGGCUCUGUCUAGAGCUUUCUCCUAGAAGUAAAUCAUAGAAAAGGGACAUGAAUUUAAUGGUGAAGUCCAGCCAGAAUUGAAGCUCAUUCCCCAAAGCCCAGCCAAAGGGCUGGACAGAGAGGCUGUCCCUUGGGCCCAUGGCCUACAUCCAGAGCAGCUGGUGCCCCCGCCGUCCUGUCCCCUCCACACCUGUCCUGGCCCAGUGGCGGGACCACCAGGCCAAGCCUCAGGCUUGGUGUAGGAAACAAGCUUGUGCCUCUUUCUUCCCGGUGAUGGCCUGAAACCUCCCAAGUUCUGUCAAGUACUUUAAGAAGCACUUUGAGUGGAAUUCCCUUCAGGGCCCAGGUAAACUUUAAAACCAGGCUAGAAGAAAAGUCAGUUUCUUUCCGAGGUAAAUUAUUCCUGCCAGGAAAUUUCCCAGCCGCUCUGGCAGCCCCCUACCCCACCCCCGUCACUCGUGUCCCCAGGGGCAUCAAAGGCUCAGGGACUCCCGGGAACCCAGUAGCAUUAAAUUGUGCAGUAGAGUUGGCGAUUCAAAGAGAUCUCUUAAAACCAGAGUAGCAUCUCUCCUCCACAGCCACGCUGUGGUCUGAGCAGUGCGGCUACAGCGAAGAGGAGGGGGAGGGCGGAGGGUGUUAAAACUGGCCGGAGUGUGGUUUUGACUUUAUUUCCUCUUUCCAGGUGCUCAGCCUCAGUUCUGCGCCGUGUUUAGUUUUUAGUGAAAGAGUUUGGAUGCUCCUGCGUCCAAGCAUUGUGUGGCUUAAAGCAUUUGAAGUGAAAGACUUUGGGGGUUGUUUGCAAGCAGCUUUCUGGUUCUCGUCACUGUGUCCUGAGGUCCCCACCUCAUCCUAGGACCCUAGCCUACCAUGGGGACCCUCGAUGAGCAGAAGUCCAGCCAGCCUGCUGGCUCCUGGGUAAGUGCUGAAGCCUUGUAUGUGGCACAUGUGUCUAGAGGGACCCUGGUCUCUGUGCUGGGAUUCCAUUCGGGUCACUCACCUCUGGCCGGGUUUCUGGUUUUGCCCUGUGUCCUGCCUUGACGAGCACCGUGUAAACCUCCACGUGUUGUGAGGAUUGGGCAUUAAAUGACAAACCUGGGCCCCCUGUCUCUGUUGUGCUUUCUGAAGGUCAUUACCAAGCGUGGGUGUGGUCCUCCCAGGUCGGGGGUGGAGACUGUUCUGACCAACGGGCUGAUCUAGCCCCAGAAACAGCCUCCCUUCCCCACGUUGGCUUAGUACCAUAUGCCUGAAAUCUCACCAAUAAGACCCUGAAGUUAGCAGCACCCAGAUCUAAAACGUGAGCCCCUGCCCUGCGUCUGCCUCCAUCACCUCUCACCUGAGCAAUUUCAGUAGCUUCCUUACUAUUCUCACUGCUACCCAUUCUUCUCCACCCCAUCCUCUAUAUCAGUGGUUCUCAAAGUGUGGCCCUCAAACCGGCACUCCCUGGGAACUUGUGAGAAAUGCAUAUUCUCAGGCCCCACACCAGACCUUCUGAAUAAGAAACUCAGGGGGUGGGACCCAGAGUCUGUGUCUUAAUGAGCCCUCCAGGUGCUUCUAGUGCAGGUGAAGUUUGAGAACCAUGACCCCACUAAUCCAGAGAGAUCCUUCUAAAACACAGCUCUCAUCAUGUCACUCCCCUUCUUAAUGGAUGGCUUCUCUCUGCCCUCAGGAUGAAGUGCCCUUUCACUUGGCGUGAACGUCCGUUUCUAACCUUGCAACUGGCUUACCCUACCCUUUCCAGCCUCACUGGCCACUCCUUCCCACCACCCAUAGCCACACUGGACUUCUUUGUCUGUUCCUGAAAACAACCUGCUUUCCCCCUUCUCUGCAAUUCACCUGG